AUGGGUUUGAAAGAUAUUGGGUCCAAAUUACCACCGGGGUUUCGGUUUCAUCCAAGCGAUGAAGAGUUAGUUUGUCAUUAUCUUUACAACAAGAUUAGGGCCAAAUCUGACCACGGUGAUGUUGAGGACGGUGACGUUGAUGAAGCCUUGAAGGGUGCUACUGAUCUUGUGGAGAUUGACUUGCAUAUUUGUGAGCCAUGGCAGCUUCCUGAUGUGGCAAAGCUGAAUGCAAAAGAAUGGUACUUCUUCAGUUUUCGCGAUAGAAAAUAUGCAACUGGCUAUCGUACAAACAGAGCGACGGUAAGUGGAUAUUGGAAAGCAACAGGGAAAGAUCGGACGGUGAUGGAUCCACGAACAAGCCAAUUGGUAGGGAUGAGAAAAACACUGGUCUUCUACAGAAAUAGAGCACCAAAUGGGAUCAAAACUACAUGGAUCAUGCACGAGUUCCGUCUUGAAUGUCCAAACAUGCCACCUAAGGAAGACUGGGUCUUGUGCAGAGUAUUCAACAAAGGCAGAGACUUGUCAUUACAAGACAGUAACUAUAAAAAUGAUGAUCAUAAGACGCAAAGGUUUGAGGUCAAUGACGCUCCGGAUCUUAAUUACGCUCCUAAUUACAACAAUCAAUUGCAACCCUUACUAUCAUCCCCUCGUUCCACCACCAUCGACCCUCCACAUCAUCAUGAUCAGUGGGAGCAGCUAAUGAAGCAGCCUUCAAGGAUCAUAGACAAUACCUACCAUCACCAUUGUCAACAUCAAUCCAUAGCAUGUGGUUGGGAGCAGAUGAUGAUUGGGUCGAUGUCAUCAUCGUCGAGCCAUGGUCCUGAUCACGAGUCCUUACUUAAUUUGCUUUAUGCCGACAAAAACAACAGUGUCAACAUCGCUGCUGAUCAUCAUGAUAAGAACUAUGAGAAGAUAUUGUUGUCAUCAGACAUCGCGAGUUUAGAUCAUGACAAGACAUGUAUGGGGUCAUCAUUGGAUGUUGGUAUGGUCUCUGAUCUUCCCAUGGAAUGUGCUGGCUUGAGUUUUGAGACGGAGAACCUCCUCGCUUUCCAUUAAUAACAUAAAACACAAAGGUUUUUACAUAUAUAUUCGCCGAUUUGUUGAUUCGUGAAAUAUACAAAUAUAGUACCUGUAGAUUUACAAAAUUUUAUGCAUGUAAGUUGUGUGGCUUUGGGUAU